GUUGGACUCCAAGACUUGAAAAGGAAGUUCUACGCUAUCGACGACACCUCUUCGACUUUGACUUCGCCUCUCCAUCAUUUGAAAGGGGGGUCCGGCUGAGAGAGUGUCUAUCGAGGGGAGAGUUCAGUUGAUAAAAGGUCCUGGUCGACCGCGCAGAUGAAUAUCUGUUAAACUCUUGUUCUGUUUGUGCCUUCAAGUCUUCCUUUGCUCUGCUCUCGGCAACAGUCAAGACCGGGACAAACAUCGAGGACCACGACGGCAAGAACCACUGUGACAGUCUCACCAUGAGUGCGACGGAGGCAUCACCUCACGAGCCCGAACGAGAUCCUUCGUUCUGGGCUCCGGGUACCAUGAGAUUGCAAGACUUACAACGGUCCGGUCAGCAAAUUAUACUCCAUCCCAUUCCGACUUCCGAUCCUAAUGAUCCUCUGAACUGGUCGUCAUGGCGAAAGACUGUGAAUUUCGCCCUCGUGCUGUUCUACGUCUUUAUGACGUUUGUUCAACUUGACAUCGGUUUCACAGCCUGGGACGCUUACGUGACCGAGUUGGAUUUUACCUACGACCUCCUCAAUGGAGCAGCGGCCGUCAACUACGCCGGCUUGGCCCUGGGGUGUAUCGUGCUCGUGCCACUGGUCCACAAAUAUGGCCGCCGGUCUCUGUAUAUCUUCAGCACGGCGCUUCAGCUCGCGUCUUGCGUCUGGUUUGCUAAGACCUACUCUAUUGGCGACCUGUUUGGGAGCAAUGUCAUCUCUGGAAUAGGAGGCGCCAUCAGCGAGACCAUUGUCCAAAUAACCAUUGCAGACCUCUUCUUCGUCCAUCACCAUGCUGCCAUGAAUGCUUGGUAUUGGUUUGCCACACUCGCCGGUGCCUUCCUGGGCCCGGUAGCUUCGGGGUACAUUGUCGACAGCCAGGGAUGGAGAUGGAUGUUCUGGUGGUGUGUCAUCUUCUUUGCCGUCAAUCUGAUCUUGAUCAUUUUCUUCUUUGAAGAGUCCAAGUACGUCAGCAUGUACGUGGGCCACGCAACAUCCCGCACUGGCGAGCCAGCAGAGAUGGAACCCAACGAAGGAGGCCUUUCCCUUAACAGCAAUGGACCACGAAUCGAUGACCAGGACGCCAAACAGGCUGAAACCUUGCCGGCGGUUGAAAGAACCCCUACCGAUGUCGAAAUUGACCCCACGAUCCCCCUGAAGACUUACCGCCAACGGAUGAGCCUGAUUACCAAAACGGAUGAUUCUCUUCUCCAAAGCUUCUAUCAACCUAUUGUGGUCCUGUUCAGCUUUCCCGCUAUUGCAUAUACAGCCAUUACUUACGGCAGUCUUUUGGCUUGGUUCGCCAUCAUGACGUCGGUACAAGCCACGUACCUCUUCUAUGAACCUUACAACUUUUCCGCCGCUGGAGUGGGACUGAUGAAUCUGGCCCCCUUUAUUGGCACGAUACCUGGAACGCUUUACGGUGGAUGGUUGAACGAUAAGUCCAUCAUGUGGCUGUCGAAACGCAACUACGGUAUCUAUGAACCUGAGAUGCGUCUCUGGCUUGCGUUGCCUGCGGCAUUGAUCACCCCAGCUGGUCUGUUGAUGUUCGGCAUCGGUCUCAAUAAUGGUGUUGCCUGGCCAGUGCUUGCCGUCGGGUACGGUAUUUUUGGCUUUGGCUUUGUAGUAGCCGGCGAUAUAGCCCUCGCCUAUUCUAUGGAUUGCUAUCAAGAUAUCAUUGGAAAUGCGCUGGUGGGAGUUGUGUUCACGCGCAACGCCUUUUCUGUCCUCGUCCUCUUCACGCUCACUCCGUGGAUUAAUGGCAUGGGACUGCAAAACAUGCAUGUCUUGGUUGCUGUCCUCUGCUUUGUUAUUCUACUGCUUCCGAUACCUUUGAUCGUCUGGGGUAAGAAAGCUAGAAUCGCCACCGCGAAGUUAUAUAAGAAAUUGGCGUCUCGACAGCCAACGCAUCGAGCCCAGUGA